UUUCUCACUACUCUUGAUUAUUCGUUCUAAAUAUUAUAUCCAUUCACUCCUUUUCAGAGAGAGAGAGAGAGAGAGAGAGAGAGAGAGAGAUGGACACAGAAGGAAGCCAGCAAGAGAUUAAGUUAAAGAAAGGUCCAUGGAAGCCAGAAGAGGACUUGCUUCUCACAAGAUACGUAGAGACUCAUGGGGAGGGGAAGUGGACAACUGUAUCAAAGAGAUCAGGUUUGAUGAGAGGAGGGAAGAGCUGCAGACUUAGAUGGAAGAACUAUCUUAGACCAAACCUAAAGCGUGGAGAGAUGUCAAAGGACGAGGAAGACCUUAUCAUCCGUCUCCAUAACCUUCUUGGAAAUCGGUGGUCAUUGAUUGCAGGUCGACUUCCUGGUCGAACCGACAAUGAAGUUAAGAAUUACUGGAACACCCAUCUCAUCAAAAGGUACCCUCAGUGCAUUAAGACUAGGGUAAGCUUCAAGUCCAGUAGUAACAAGAGAAGCAAAAUCUCCCAUCCACCCAUAUGUGUUGAAGAUAGUAAUGAAAAGCAAGAAGCUGUCACCACCUAUAACAGCAACAACAGCUGCCACGGCGGCCCUGAAUCACAACAGUUGCCCGCCGGUAGUGGCAACAGUGGCGGAGGGGACACAGUAUAUGAGGAUCCAUCACUGCCACCAGUCUUGGACUUCAGCUCCUUUAAUGUUUGGUUAGAGUCAUAUGAAAAGGGAGCUGAUCAGAGGUUGUCUUGGAUAGAAUCUCCUUUUUACUUCCCCGAGGACAGUAUGUACCCAGCUUUUGUACCAUAUAAUGCAUAGUAGGAAUCACUACUGACGGUUCAGAACUUCCACUACCACUUCAGCUGAAGGUUCAGAACUUCCACUACCAUUUUUACUGUGUCAUACUGUCAUGUCUCUUUUGUUAUCUGUGAGUUUUGUGCUGUCAUCAGUGUCCACCAUUGUUUAAGGUUGGCACUUGAGAGCUUUACCUUCGAAGAUUACAGAACUUUGUGUACGUAGAAGAAUAAAAUACUCACAUGCGAUAACGUCUUUGAAAAUUA